GGUUUGAAUUGAUUUUGCUCAUUCUUAUAUUCGGCGGGGAGUACAACUCCGGGAAGAAUGAAAGUGGUUGGAGUUUUGAUCGAAGCUUUUUCUUUGCAGUCAAUGGACACCAUGAAAACAUGCUUUAUUUGGCUUCUAAGGGCGGGAUGGGUAGCCGGGACUCUUCCUUUCCUCAUCGCUUCACUCCCUUGUUCACGUCUCGGUUCAUUUCACACCCUUGUUCUUGGAUAUGUCAAGAGGGGCAAGAUUAUGCCAUCUUCUUCAUCCCACAAGUUGACAGUUCCUCAGAGUUUCUAUCUACACUUUUAUUUGUUGGCUGUGGUUUGGACAACAGUGUUGUUAAUGGGAACUUGGUGGUUUGCAGACAAAGUUGCUCCUUUAAGUCACUUAACUGGAGGUGGGUCUCAUGUUUUUUCCUUGCACAAGUCUGGGUUUACCUCUGCUGACGACAGACUCACUGUCUGUAAGUCUGUGUUCUUGCUGUUGUUGAUGGAAAUUCAUGUCCUGAGGCGCCUUUAUGAGACCCUUUUUGUUUUCAACUACAGCUCUUCUGCUCGAAUGCACGUUGUUGGAUACUUCACUGGCAUUUGUUAUUACAUAGCAGCACCUCUGUCACUCUCUACAUUUUGUGCAGCUGAUCAAGUGGCUGAAUUCAAUGUCGAAGGCCAAGAAAUGGUGUCAAUUACAGGUUUUGAUUUGCGGGGAUAUGUCAAGCCCAUCACUAGCCUUGGAUGGUGCCAAUGGGCUGGUGCUGCUAUAUUUGCUUGGGGAUGGCUGCAUCAAUGCUCCUGUCAUGCAAUUCUUGGUUCACUUAGAACACAUAGAUCAGAUCAAACUGUUGAAUAUGUGAUUCCACGUGGUGAUUGGUUCAACAUCGUCUCAAGUCCACACUAUUUAGCUGAGAUGGUAAUCUAUGUCGGGCUAUUGGUUGCCAGUGGAGGAACUGACCUCACUAUAUGGCUACUCCUUGGAUUUGUGGUGGCUAAUCUAGCAUUUGCUGCAGCAGACACUCACCGCUGGUACCUCCACAAGUUCGAGGACUAUCCACCUGACCGCUGGGCCAUUCUUCCAUUUGUUUACUAGUUUCUGAGUAACGGCGAAUUCAGGUUAAAGGAUAAUUAUAAAGAUAGUCUCUCUUUUUUUUAAAUUAUUUAAUCGGUCAUUAAAUUUUACGAUAUAUUUAUAUUCAAGAUACAUAUAAAAUUGCAAAUAACCUAAUAUGUUAUGUCAUAUGUUGAAAAAUAUUAAUUGUUCAUGGCAUUCACUCAACAACUGAAAUUUCUUGGAUCUCCAAAAAUGUUAUAUAUUAUUAAUGAA